AUGGCACUCCUCGUCGGAGACUCCACAAAACAUGCCUACUCCAAAGUCAAAUCCACAAACCCUGAUAAAACCCAGAUCACCAUUCUCCGACGAGAGCAUGUUUACGGCAUCGCCAACAAAAAAUACAACACCAAAGCGACUUUCCGGGGGAAAACUAGAGACAUAACCAUUGACUGUACACGAAUCGCCGGUGGUGACGACUCCAGAUUAUGCUUUUCCGUCGAUAACAAAAGGGUAUUGGUAGUAAAACAUUUGAAUUGGAAAUUCAGAGGGAACGAACGAGUAGAAAUGGAUGGAGUUCAUAUUCAAAUUUCGUGGGAUGUGUACAAUUGGCUAUUCGAAGAAGAAGUAGACGAUGGAUACGCAUUGUUCAUGUUUAGAUUUGAAAAAUCUGGAUUCGAUUACCAUGAAGAUGACAAAUACUUGGCUCGAUUAAAUGCAUCUGGAUCUGGUCUGAUGGGAUUCGGAUCAGGGUUGGGUUUUGGGCUCGAGAAAAGGAAGAUGAAGAAAGGGAUGUUGAGGACGGCGGCCGGAAGUUCAUCCUCGUCGUCGUUGUCGUCGGCGUCGUCGGGAUGUGGAUCGGUGAUGGAGUGGGAAAGUGUGGAGGAGAAUGAACUAAAAGGCCCUUCUGGUUUUUCGUUGCUUGUUUACGCUUGGAAAAGUUGA